AUGGAGGCGGCGCUAGGAUUGAUGAGAAGGAUACCUCCGAAGCAUUCCGUCACCGCGCUCUCUGCUCUCGUCAGCCUCUUGCCUGACCACUCCUCCGAUCUCCUCUCCCAAGUCGAUCAGCCUCUUCAGGUUCUAUGUGAUUCCGAGAGCGGGAAGGAGUUCAUAUUGUGUGAGUACAACAGAGAUGCUGAUUCCUACAGGUCACCAUGGUCAAACAAAUACCAUCCCCCAUUGGGAGAUGCACUCCUUCCUUCUGACGAGCUGAGGAAACUGGAGGUUGAAGCAAAUGAAGUCUUCGCCAUUUAUCGUGACCAGUAUUACGAAGGCGGAAUCUCAUCUGUUUACUUGUGGGAGGAUAACAACGAAGGUUUUGUGGCUUGCUUUCUGAUAAAAAAAGAUGGUGCUAGGACAGCACAUGGAAGAAGGGGAUACCUGCAGGAAGGGCUGUGGGAAGCCAUUCAUGUCAUUGAGGUUGGACCAGAAGAUGAAACUACCCGCUAUUGUUUAACCAGCACCGUGAUGCUGUCCCUGACAACUGACAAGGAGUCUUCCGGCACGUUUAAUUUAUCCGGAUCAAUUAGGCGGCAGAUGAGGAUGGAUCUCCCGUUGGCUGAUGGCCACCUUUGUAACAUGGGGAAGAUGAUUGAGGAGAUGGAGGGCAAGCUCAGAAACUCUCUGGAUCAGGUAUAUUUUGGGAAGACGAAAGAAAUGGUUUGCACCCUGCGACCUCCAUCAGAGGUUGUGAUGAGACUGCCAACCAGCUGA